AAUACCGCGCACUCACAAUCCCACAGUGGGUGCACACUAUCAGCAGCGAUCCGACAGUUUUCACAGUUUAGUUCCAACUGGAGGCGCACAUGGAGAAGAGAGACAGAGUCUAGGAUCCGGGAUUAUUUUCUCUUUAUUUGUGCUGUCCUCCAGUCGGACUGUGUUCAUUAUGUUCCAUCAGCUGACGGAUCAGACUGUGAACGGCAGCUGCCCUGGACCCGCAUCCUCCUGCAAUAAGAGCGCAGAUGGAGACGCGCUCCAGCUGCCCACUUUCUCCACAGCGGCUAAAGUCCGUGUUAUUAUCACCUUCACUUUAUGCGCGGUGUCAGCUGUGUGUAACUUGGUUGUAUUAUGGGCUGCCAGCAACGGAGGCAAGCGCAAGUCACACGUCAGGAUCCUCAUAAUGAACCUGACCGUGGCGGAUCUGCUGGUGACUUUCAUCGUGAUGCCUGUGGAUGCGGUGUGGAACAUCACGGUGCAGUGGCAGGCGGGAGACUUCGCUUGUAGGCUGUUGAUGUUCAUGAAGCUGGUGGCGAUGUACUCCUGUGCUUUUGUAACUGUAGUCAUUAGCCUGGACAGACAGUCAGCCAUCCUCAACCCCCUGGGUAUCAGUGAAGCCAAAAGGAAAAGCAAAAUCAUGUUGACUGUGGCGUGGACCAUGAGUGUGGUCCUCUCACUCCCUCAGAUGUUUAUAUUUCACAAUGUGACCAUCACAGUCCCUGAGAAUUUCACCCAGUGCACCACCCAUGGCAGUUUUGUGCAGCAUUGGCAGGAGACCCUCUACAACAUGUUCACCUUCGUGUGCCUCUUCCUUCUACCUUUGGCCAUCAUGAUCUUCUGUUACACACGAAUCCUCAUUGAGAUCUCCAGCCGCAGUACGUUGCUGUCUAGAGAUGUUCAUCUACGUCGCUCCCAUAACAAUAUCCCUAAAGCUCGGAUGAGGACUCUCAAGAUGAGCAUUGUCAUCGUGACAUCAUUUAUCAUUUGCUGGACUCCGUACUACCUGUUAGGCCUGUGGUAUUGGUUGUUCCCCGAGAAAAUGGAAGAGACAGUCUCUCACUCUCUGACUCACAUGUUGUUUAUCUUUGGCCUCUUCAACGCAUGUCUAGACCCCAUCACUUAUGGUCUGUUUACCAUUCAUCUGCACCAGGGUCUCAAAAGAUGCUUUCGAAUAUCAAACACACAGAGUGAUCUAGAGAACAACACCUGCCUCAUACACAUGACCAGUCUGUCAUCUCGCAGGCAAAAGGCCUCAGGUAGGCCCAGUGCAAACAUAGAGGAGAACAAUGUCAACAACAGCACUCCAAGUGGCUCAAGGCCAGUCAUCCCAGUAAGCCAGAUAUAAUGGUUUAAAGCACCUCAAAAAGAAAAUAUCUGCUCUCUAUCAGUCUUUUUCUAGAUGUGACAGCUGGUUCAGUAGUUUUGCUUUAGAGUAUUGAACAUCCGUAGAGUCUAUGUUCUCUUGCCAAAUGAAUUUGUUCCCUUUGUUCCACUUGUGUCUCUAAUCGAUGGUGUAUUAUGACUCAUCCAUGGUCUGUUCAAUUUCUUACAAUUUGUUCGCAUAGAAUCUGGGAUGGCAUUGAUGAGGAUCUGAUAAAACACAGCAGGGUGAUGCGUGUCAUUUCACUUGCACAGUAUUUUACCAGGACUGAAUAAUGCAACACAUCGCACAGUAUUUAGGUUGAAAUUCAGUGCGUGCUAUAAAUGUACAGAGACAUAAUCCCACCUGUAUUUCCAGUCAACAUUAUUGUGGGUAUAAAGAAGAACUUUGACAAGUUGAAGGCACCAGUUAGAACACAUGCAGCUGCUUAAUCUACUGUGUUUUAAUGGUGUGAUAAUGAUUUUCUGUCAUUAUUUUCUGUGGCAAAGCAAACUAAAUGUGAUUACAGACAAUAAAUUACUCAAUAACUGUGAUCAAAAAAUAUCUAUACUGAUCAGAUUUGUCUUUUGUGUUAUCUCAGUGCUGUGUGUAGAGGUUUUAUUUAUUUUUCUCUGAUAUCUUUUAAAAAUUAUCGCCGCAGUGUCUUCUGAUCAUUGCUAAUUCAAUGAAAACUAUUCUAAACUGUAAUUUGUAGUGCUUUGUGUGCAGUAUAAAAGACUGUGAUGUACUUUUAUUACAAAAAUGAAUGUUUUAACAUGAUUAUCAACCAUGAUGGCCUUUUGAAUAAUGUUAUUUAUGAUGUACAUGAAUGUACCUUUGAGCACCAUCUCUGUGUUACACAAAGAGUGGAGACAAAGCUGUUGAAAAUAUAUCUUUAAUAUUUUGUGAAUUGUACUGCUUUCUGUGUCUGAGAUUAUAUUUAAUACUUAAAACUGUUUAAUAUUGUACUUGCAAGUUCUCAGUGAAGUGUUUAUUCUGUUUAUUUAUGUUGUAAAUCUCCCCAUACCUCAGAAAAUGUGCUCUAUUGUAUUUGUUUGCAUGUCAUUGUUUUUCCUCUUUAAAAAAUGAUGCAAUGUAAUUUAUUUCCCUCAAUAAAUAAUUUAACCUUU